CCAGGCGGUGGCUGUAGCCACUCUUUCUUCCCCCACCAAAGGUUUUUGGUGGGUUCCUAAUUCUGCCCAGCCCAGCGACGCCUCACCAUGCUCCGGAGGAGACUCGGGAGCCGGGUGGGCGCUCUAGAGGAGGGGGCGCCCGUCGGGUGUCCGGAGCUCCCAAAGGCAGCUGCUGAACCCGAGCGGGUUCUGCUUCGAGGCAUCUUCGAGAUCGGGAGGGAAAGCUGCGAUGUGGCGCUGGGCGAGCGGGCCCUGCGGUGGCAACGCAUCCGGCCUGAGCUCCCGGCUGGUGGUGCCAGGUGUGAUCCGCUGGGCAAAGAAGAGUCCCUAGACCUGGAAGACAUAUUCGCAGUGAAGCUGAAGCAACGUUGCUCUGUCAAGCACCCGGGCAGUGGCACACUGCUGGGCAUCACACUUUUCAUCUGCUUGAAGGAACAGCAAAACAAAUUAAAGGACUCCACGCUGGAUCUCAUUAACUUCAGUGAGGACCACUGUGACAUGUGGUUUAGACAGUUCAAGAGAAUCCUGGAAGGUUUCACAAACAGGCCAAAGGCUCUCAAGAUCCUCCUCAACCCUCAGAGUCACAGAAAGGAAUCUGUCCAAGUCUACUAUGAGAAGGUCGAGCCGCUGCUGAAGCUUGCGGGCAUAAAGACUGAUGUGACAAUAACAGAAUAUGAAGGGCAUGCCCUGUCUCUGCUUGACGAAUGUGAACUCCGGGGAUUUGAUGGUGUUGUCUGUGUUGGUGGAGAUGGAUCCGCGAGUGAAGCUGCACACGCUUUGCUCCUGAGAGCUCAGAAGAAUGCUGGGGUAGAGAUGGACAGCGCCCCGACUCUCGCCGGAGCUCAGCUUCCACUUGGCUUAAUUCCAGCAGGAUCUACCAAUGUGUUGGCACAUUCUCUCUUUGGAAUUCCUCACGUGGUGACUGCAACCAUGCACAUUAUACUGGGUCACAUACAGUCAGUGGACGUGUGCACCUUCAGCUCUGCUGGCAAGCUUCUUCGCUUUGGGUUCUCAGCCAUGUUUGGCUUUGGUGGAAGGACAUUGGCUCUGGCAGAGAAAUACCGAUGGAUGUCCCCUAGUCAGCGGAGAGACUUUGCUGUAAUCAAAGCAUUGGCCAAACUUAAGCCAGAGGAUUGUAAAAUAUCCUUUUUACUAGCGGGUUGUUCUCAGGAUGAACAAGAAAGAAAAGCACAGAGAUCUCCAGAAUCUGACUGUGGUGGCCACUGGCAAACCAUCCAAGGGCAGUUCUUGAAUAUCAGCAUCAUGGCGAUCCCCUGUCUGUGUUCAGUGGCUCCCAGAGGCUUAGCGCCUGACACAAGAUUAAACAAUGGAAGCAUGGCCCUUAUAGCUGUACGGAACACCACUCGGCCAGAAUUUGUAAAGCACCUGAAAAGUUACUCCAGUGUAAAGAACCAGUUCAAUUUUCCCUUUGUGGAGACUUACACCAUUGAAGAAGUAAAAAUUCAUCCAAAGAGCAAUAGCAACGGAUACAGCCCACAGGAGGAGGGUGGACACCAUGCAACUGUUUCAGAAAAUGGGUUUCCUUGGAAUAUAGAUGGUGACUUAAUGGAAGCUGCCUCAGAGGUUCACAUUAGGCUGCACCCAAGACUGAUCAAACUCUAUGGAGGAAGCCUGGAGGAAAUGAAUGAUUCCAAAGUAGCAUGUAAUUGCAUAUGAAAGAAGUGUGUAAAGUAGAAAUUUAUUAUAAAAGAAUCUGGCAUGCAAUAUAUAUAUAUAUACAAUAUAUAAAUAGAAAAUGCAUUUUAAUGAAGGUAACUAUUUAAUAUAAUUAAAGUAUCUAUUUUAAUGUAAUUAAAAUAUUUUUAUCUUUU